GAACGUGAUUGGCCUUACGUUUUUACUAAAUUGAACUAGGCAUUUAUUUUCUACAUGUUAUGGACACUGAAAGGGUGCCGUGGAUUACGCCAUUUAUGUGGAGAUGUGUUUCAGCUAUGUUUUACCCUGCAACGCUUCAGACGACUUUGCAUGGCAGCUGCUGUUAUGGGAAACGGUUGUGAAAGGCUAAUCAAAUGAUUUAAGCAGCGGUGGAUUUCAUUAUAGGUUUUACAAAACAGAACAGCAGUUGAGAGGAUCAGACAGCAACCAUACUCGGGAUGUUACAGUUACAACUGGAAAGUAAAAUGUGAGGGCCGUGGUGGAAAGCAGAGGAUUGCCCUUGACAACAGAGUAUUUUGAAGCUGAGACAUCAUUACCUCUUGAGGAUGAUAUUCAGUCACUGUUACUUUGAAGAUGAGGCGGAUCCGAUUUUUCAUAUGCACUGCUAUUUAAGCUUUUACAUUUAAUUUUGUUUUUGAAAGAGAACUUUGGAAGUUACAUUCAAGUGUGAAAAUAAUUCAGCACCCUGGAGAGCAGCUCAGCGCGGUACUUGGUAAAGGAAACAUUGUAACCAGUAUUGUGCUACGAUGGAGCUCUUAUAAGAGUUGUAUGGUAUCCGAUGGGUAACAGUAAGGAAAAAUUGAAGCUUGGAAGGAGUAUAUCGGAAAUAUCUCAAGCUGCUCUAGAAGGAACAUUUGAACAUGCAAGAUUUCUGUGAUUCCCGGACUUCAGGGUCGAUAGCAUACAGAGAAAAGCACUUUCUUAUCCACAGGGUUAAACAUUGACUUCGAAGGUGCAGGAUGAAAAGAUGGCACUGCUUGUACCACCAGGACCAAACAGCAUCCGCUUGCUUACUCGAGAAUCGCUUGAAGCUAUUGAGAAACGCAUUAAAGAAGAGAAAGCUAAGAAACCCAAGCAGGAACGGCGUGAUGAUGAUGAUGAAAAUGGUCCAAAGCCAAAUGGUGACUUGGAAGCAGGCAAAUCCCUGCCAUUUAUCUACGGUGACAUACCUCCAGGAAUGGUUUCAGAACCCUUGGAGGAUCUGGACCCAUACUAUAGCAAUGACAGAACUUUUAUAGUAUUGAACAGAGGGAAAGCAAUCUUCCGAUUUACCGCCACACCUGCCUUGUACAUUUUAAGUCCUCUCAAUCCUCUAAGAAGACUAGCUAUUAAGAUUUUGGUACAUGCAUUGUUCAGCAUGCUGAUCAUGUGCACUAUUUUAACCAACUGUGUGUUUAUGACCAUGAGUAACCCUCCAGAAUGGACCAAGAAUGUAGAGUACACGUUCACAGGAAUUUACACUUUUGAAUCAUUUAUUAAAAUUCUGGCCAGAGGCUUUUGCAUAGAUCAGUUUACAUUCCUUCGAGACCCAUGGAACUGGUUAGACUUCAGUGUAAUUGUUAUGGCGUAUGUAACAGAAUUUGUAAACCUAGGCAAUGUUUCAGCUCUUCGAACUUUCAGAGUACUGAGAGCUUUGAAAACCAUAUCAGUUAUCCCAGGUCUGAAGACAAUUGUGGGUGCCCUGAUUCAAUCUGUGAAGAAGCUAUCAGAUGUCAUGAUUUUGACUGUAUUUUGUUUAAGUGUCUUUGCACUAAUAGGGCUUCAGCUCUUUAUGGGCAACCUAAGAAACAAAUGUGUGAGAUGGCCUCCACCCACUUCUGGUAUUGAUAUGAACAUUUCUUGUCCUGUUACAAUCACAGGAGAAAAUGGUACAACAUAUAAUGAAACAAGAAUCUGUUUCGACUUGAUUGCGUAUAUCAAUGAUAAUGCAAGCCAUUAUUUCAUUCCUGGAGCAAAGGAUGCCCUACUUUGUGGUAACGCUUCAGAUGCUGGUCAAUGUCCAUCUGGUUUUAUGUGCAUGAAAGCUGGCCGAAACCCCAACUAUGGUUACACAAGCUUUGACACAUUUAGCUGGGCCUUCUUGUCCUUAUUUCGACUGAUGACACAAGACUAUUGGGAAAACCUUUACCAACUGACCCUACGUGCUGCUGGCAAAAUCUACAUGAUAUUUUUUGUGUUGGUCAUCUUCCUGGGAUCCUUCUAUUUAGUUAACUUAAUUCUGGCUGUUGUUGCUAUGGCCUAUGAGGAACAAAACCAAGCGACACUUGAAGAGGGUGAACGGAAAGAAGCAGAAUUUCAACAGAUGCUUGAACAAUUAAAGAAACAGCAAGAAGAAGCGCAGGCCGCGGCAGCAGCUGCAGCAGCGUCUGCUGCAGAGUCGGGGGAUGCUAGUGCAAUGGGCAGACUUUCUGAAAGUUCAUCAGAAGUGUCAAAGUUUAGCUCCAAAAGUGCUAAGGAAAGACGGAAUAGAAGAAGAAAAAGACGACAGAGGGAGCUGUCUGCUGGAGAAGAAAAAAUAGACAAUGAGAAAUUUCCCAAAUCAGAAUCAGAGAGCAGUAUCAAGAAAAGAGGAUUCAGGUUUUCCAUAGAUGGAAGCAAGCUGUCAUAUGAAAAGAAAUAUCCCUCUCAUCAGUCAUUACUUAGCAUUCGUGGUUCACUAUUUUCCCCAAGACGAAAUAGCAGGGCAAGUCUCUUCAGCUUCCGAGGUCGAGCCAAGGAUGUGGGAUCAGAAAAUGAUUUUGCUGACGAUGAACAUAGCACAUUUGAAGAUAGUGAAAGUAGGAGAGGUUCAGUGUUCCUGCCACAUAAGCAUGGUGAGAGACGAAGUAGCAACAUCAGUCAAGGAAGCAAAUCUUCGAAGAUCGUUCCACCUCUUCCAAUGAAUGGAAAGAUGCAUAGUACUGUGGACUGUAAUGGAGUUGUUUCACUUGUUGGAGGCCCAGCUACUCCAACAUCGCCUCUUGGACUUCAUUUACCUGAGGCCACAACCACAGAAACGGAGAUAAAGAAAAAAAGGAAAGGAUCAUUCCAGGUCUCCAUGGAUCUACUUGAAGAUAAUAGUCACAGACAAAGAGCCAUGAGUGUAGCCAGUAUCUUGACAAACACGAUGGAAGAACUUGAAGAAUCCCGGCAAAAAUGUCCUCCAUGUUGGUAUAGGUUUGCAAAUAUGUUCCUCAUAUGGGACUGCUGGCCACAGUGGUUGAAAAUUAAAGCUAUCGUUAAUACGAUUGUAAUGGAUCCCUUUGUAGAUCUUGCCAUUACCCUUUGUAUCGUCUUGAACACUCUUUUUAUGGCUAUGGAGCAUUAUCCAAUGACACGAGAUUUCACUGACAUUCUCUCAGUUGGCAAUUUGGUAUUUACAGGAAUCUUUACUGCAGAAAUGGUUUUCAAGAUAAUCGCUCUGGAUCCAUAUUACUACUUCCAAACUGGCUGGAAUAUUUUUGAUGGAAUUAUCGUAAGCCUUAGCUUAAUGGAGCUUGGUCUGGCAAACAUUGAAGGCUUGUCAGUACUGAGAUCAUUCCGACUGUUACGAGUUUUUAAAUUAGCGAAAUCAUGGCCAACUUUAAACAUGCUGAUAAAGAUCAUUGGGAACUCAGUGGGAGCCUUGGGUAACCUAACCUUGGUUCUGGCCAUCAUCGUCUUCAUCUUUGCUGUGGUUGGAAUGCAGCUUUUUGGGAAAAAUUAUAAGGAGUGUGUUUGCAAAAUCAGUGACAAAUGUGAGCUCCCUCGUUGGCAUAUGAACGACUUCUUCCACUCAUUUCUGAUUGUUUUCCGUGUCCUUUGUGGAGAAUGGAUCGAGACGAUGUGGGACUGUAUGGAGGUCUCUGGGCAGACUAUGUGCCUCAUUGUUUUUAUGAUGGUCAUGGUUAUAGGAAAUCUUGUGGUGCUCAAUCUCUUUCUGGCCUUGUUACUCAGCUCAUUCAGUGCUGACAAUCUCGCUGCUACAGAUGAUGAUAAGGAAAUGAACAACUUGCAGGUUGCUGUGGGCAGGAUACAUAGGGGGGCUGCUUUUAUGAAAGAGCUUGUUCUUGACAUCUUCCGGAAAGCAUUUGUUAGAAAGAAGAAAUGUUUAGAUGAAAUCAAACCUCUGGAAGAUCUUUGUGACAAGAAAGACAGCUGCAUGUUCAUCCACACCACUGUUGAAAUGCUUAAAGAUCCUGAUUAUCAGAAAGAUGGAAAUGGGACAACAAGUGGUAUAGGUAGCAGUGUGGAAAAGUACAUUAUCGAUGAAAGUGACUACAUGUCCUUCAUACACAAUCCUAGCCUAACUGUUACAGUGCCAAUUGCUGUCGGGGAGUCAGACUUUGAAAAUUUAAAUACAGAGGAUUUUAGCAGUGAAUCCGACAUAGAAGAAAGUAAAGAGAAAUUACACCAGAUCAGCUCAUCCGAAGGGAGCACAGUUGAUAUCAGACCAAUUGGAGAAGGAGAACAGCCAGAGGUGGAACCAGAAGAGUCCCUUGAACCAGAAGCAUGCUUUACAGAAGGUUGUGUUCGGAAGUUCCCUUGCUGCUAUGUCAACAUAGAAGAAGAGAAGGGCAAAAUGUGGUGGAAUCUCAGAAAAACCUGUUACAGGAUAGUAGAGCACAACUGGUUUGAAACCUUCAUUGUCUUCAUGAUUCUACUUAGCAGUGGUGCCUUGGCUUUUGAGGACAUUAAUAUUGAACAAAGGAGAACUAUUAAGACCAUGUUGGAGUAUGCUGAUAAAGUCUUUACCUACAUUUUUAUCCUUGAGAUGUUGUUGAAGUGGGUGGCAUAUGGUUUUGUGAAGUACUUCACCAAUGCCUGGUGCUGGCUAGACUUCCUGAUUGUUGAUGUCUCAUUAGUCAGCUUAGCAGCAAAUGCCUUGGGCUACUCGGAACUUGGUGCCAUUAAAUCUCUUAGGACACUAAGAGCAUUGAGACCUCUGAGGGCCCUGUCUCGGUUUGAAGGCAUGAGGGUUGUCGUCAAUGCCCUUAUAGGUGCAAUCCCAUCCAUCAUGAAUGUGCUUCUUGUCUGCCUUAUAUUCUGGCUAAUUUUCAGCAUAAUGGGUGUGAAUCUGUUUGCUGGAAAGUAUUACUACUGUGUUAACACCACAACUGAUGAACGAUUCCCUGUUAGCCACAUCAAUAAUUUAACGGACUGUAUGAAAAUUAUAGAAAAUAAUGGAGAUGCCCGCUGGAAAAAUGUCAAAAUCAACUUUGAUAAUGUAGGCGCCGGCUACCUUGCUUUGUUGCAGGUUGCUACGUUCAAAGGAUGGAUGGAUAUUAUGUAUGCAGCUGUUGACUCCAGAAAUCUUCACGAUCAGCCUGAUUAUGAAGUGAAUCUUUACAUGUACAUUUACUUUGUCAUCUUUAUUAUCUUUGGUUCGUUCUUCACCCUCAACCUUUUUAUUGGUGUCAUUAUUGACAACUUCAAUCAACAAAAGAAAAAGUUUGGAGGCCAGGACAUUUUCAUGACAGAAGAACAAAAAAAGUAUUAUAAUGCAAUGAAAAAGCUUGGAUCGAAGAAGCCACAAAAACCUAUACCCCGACCAGCAAACAAUAUCCAAGGUAUGGUUUUUGACUGUGUCACAAAACAAGCAUUUGAUAUCAUCAUCAUGAUUCUCAUCUGCCUUAACAUGGUCACUAUGAUGAUAGAAACAGAUGACCAAAGUAAAGAAAUGGAAAGUACUCUGUACAAAAUCAACUUGGUGUUCAUUAUCCUUUUUACUGGAGAAUGUGUCCUGAAGGUGAUCGCACUUCGCCAUUACUAUUUUACCAUAGGAUGGAACAUUUUCGAUUUUGUGGUUGUCAUUCUCUCCAUAGUAGGGAUGUUUUUGGCUGAAAUGAUAGAGAAAUAUUUUGUGUCUCCAACCCUCUUCAGAGUUAUUCGUCUUGCCAGAAUUGGUCGUAUCCUUCGUCUUAUUAAAGGUGCAAAAGGAAUUCGCACACUGCUGUUUGCCUUGAUGAUGUCACUGCCUGCCUUGUUCAACAUUGGUCUGCUACUGUUCUUGGUUAUGUUUAUCUAUGCUAUAUUUGGUAUGUCCAAUUUUGCUUAUGUCAAGAAGGAGUCUGGAAUUGAUGACAUGUUCAACUUUGAGACAUUUGGAAACAGUAUGAUUUGCUUGUUUCAAAUCACUACAUCUGCAGGUUGGGAUGGUUUACUGGCUCCAAUUCUAAACAGCGGGCCUCCAGACUGUGAUCCAGAUAUUAGUCACCCAGGAAGUUAUGUAAAAGGAAAUUGUGGCAAUCCAUCAGUGGGGAUUUUUUUCUUUGUGAGCUAUAUUAUCAUAUCUUUUCUAAUUGUAGUGAACAUGUACAUUGCUAUUAUUCUGGAAAACUUCAGUGUUGCUACUGAAGAAAGUGCAGAACCUCUUAGUGAGGAUGACUUUGAAAUGUUCUAUGAAGUAUGGGAAAAAUUUGAUCCCGAUGCAACGCAGUUUGUGGAGUACAGUAAAUUAUCUGAUUUUGCAGAUGCCCUAGAACCUCCUCUUCGUGUACCAAAACCUAACAAAAUACAGCUUAUCGCUAUGGAUCUUCCAAUGGUUAGUGGUGACAGGAUUCACUGUCUGGACAUCUUGUUUGCUUUUACAAAACGAGUUUUGGGAGAAGGUGGAGAAAUGGAUGCCCUUCGACAGCAGAUGGAAGAUAGGUUUAUGGCAUCAAAUCCUUCUAAGGUUUCAUAUGAACCAAUUACAACCACUCUGCGACGUAAGCAAGAGGAGGUAUCUGCCAUCAUCAUACAACGAGCUUUCAGAAGCUACUUGAUACGGCAAACUAUUAAAAAAGCCUCUUUCCUCUAUAAAGACAAAGGACCAGGGGUGAACUGCUUGCCUAGCAAAGAAGAAAUGGUAAUAGAUAAGCUUAAUGAAAAUUCAACCACAGAUAAAACUGACAUGACCCCCUCUACAACAUCUCCUCCUUCAUAUGACAGUGUAACGAAACCAGAUAAAGAUAAAUAUGAAAAAGACAAAGUAGAAAAAGAAGAUAAAGGCAAAGAUGUCAGGGAGAAUAAAAAGUAAAAAACAGAUUUAAAAAAUUCCAGUUGUGUGAUUAAAUUGUUUACAGCCUGCGUAGGUGACCUGUUUGUGUCAACAGGACUCCAUUUGGAGAUUUAUGCCAAACUGACAGUUCUUACAAAAAAAAAUACUUAAGGUCAGUGCCUAAAAUAAGGCAGUGACCCUCGUCAGGAGACUGACUCUGGACAGCAAAGGAGUCCACAUCCUUGACGGUGGUUACUGUUUUCAGUACCAGCUGACACUGCUGAAGAAGAGAGUCAAAAUGGUUACUCACACUGUAGGGACCAGUCCAAGGGACCAGAAAAUAUUUAAUUUUGUUUUGUGCUGUUAAACAUGAAACAUUUUAGUACAAUUAUUACACCCACUGUUUUGCAUUCUACAUCUGUCAUAUUUUUACAAAAUCUGUUAGUGAAUUCAUUGUUUUUUAAUUUAUAGGUUGUUUAUUAUAUGUGACUAUUUUUCUAAACGGGUUUUGUUUGGGUCAAGGGUUUGCAUACUGCUUUAAAGGUAUCCAGCCAAGUGUUUUAUUAAAUGUUUCACUAAAAUAUUCAUGAAUGAUUAACAUGUAGGCAUGCUGCAUUCAUAAAUCAUGCAUGAAAACCAUUAGGUCACUCACAGAAGCUGAUUUAAUCUUGCCAGUUUUCUGCGGUGGUUUCAAAGGUUUGAGGUGCUUAACUUUCAUGUUGUAUGUCAUCAGACUAUGUUUUAAUGUGCCUGUCUGUGCAUCUCAUUGAGAUAAGUGUUAAUGUGCCUGUCUGUGCCCCUUAUAAGCUGCCAGGUAAGAGGAGAUCUUAGUUUUAUGCAGAAUGUCAGACAUCUGUAAGUUGGCUCAAAUCUCAUCACACGUCCUAGAAGACCAGUCUACAAAUAAGCAUUCAAAUGUACAAAAAUAUAAUACUAGAAGUGAUCUGGCUUAGGAACCUGAACUGACCAAAAUAAAGUGAACUUUUAAAAUGUGUUCUGCUUUAUCCCACAGUAUUGUUUAGCCAUCUUCAGCACUCAGCAAGGUUGACAUUUUAUAUAGCAGUUAAACCCCUGUUAUGUAAAUAGUUACUUUACCUGUGGUACAUGUUUGAACAAAAAAGUAGAACCUGAGCACAGUAUUUACUGAGUCAAAUAUGCACCACACUAAAUGUAGUUUGCAAGCUUUGCCAGGUGAUAUAAUGUAUUCUAUUCCAUGACAAAUAGUUUGGGCGCCUUCACUGAUGCAUGUUUAUAUUGCCUAUGCUGCUGAGCACACUUCCUUCCACUGUUCUCAAGUCUUUAAUAUGGGAAGCCAUAUGUCAGUGGUAAAGUGAAACAAAAUUGUUCAACAAAACCUCAUUAUUUCAUGUCAUUAAGCAAUAGGUUGUGGCUUUGAAAGAGCUUGUUUUCUUUUAGUUUCCAAGUUUCAAGUACAAAUUGUAUGGUGUAUAGCCAGACUGUACAGGACACAUUGCAAAUUGCUUAAACUGUUCAAAUAUGUGGUUAGAGUUUUCUAAGAAAGUAUAAAUAUUGUAAAAAUUCAUUUUAUUUUAUUUUCAGCAUUUGUACAUAAAAUAAGAUAUGAAUAUUGACUUCAGGUUGAUGUCACCGCCACUUUUGUUACGUUAGCACUUUCUCAUUCACGAACUUCCCAGACUAAGAAACGAAGAUGAUGGGUAAUUUUAUUUUUUUUUAUAACUGUUAUAGCACAUUACCAAUGUAAAACAAUUAUUUAGUGAAACCUUGGGGCCACAGUUUACUUGUUCUACAUAUUGAUAUUUCUGGAGAAAAAAGGAGCAAGUCUGAAUCCACAGUAUAGCACUGCCUGCAUCAGAAGUGUCAAGGAGUUCUCUUUCUAGCCCUUGAUAUUUUUCAGUGUUCGUUUACAUGAAUUUUUUAGUCUUGUAAAAUGAUUCACACUGCACUAGAACUGUUCUAUAUGGAGUAUGGAGUCCGCAGUCUUUUCACAAGAACAAAGAAUUGAACUUGUAAAAUCACAUCAGGUCAUUGUGUGUUUCUUAACACAAGCAGAAGUUAAAUGUAGACUCCUUCUUUUACUAAGCCUAUCAACUUGUAGUGUAUUUAGUGAACUGCAUGCAGGAAAAUGCUACUGUUACCCUAAAUAAUGGUUAUCUACAUUACAGACAAGCCAAAAGAAUAAAGACUACUUUUUUAUUGUAAUAAA